AUGAUAUUUAAAUUUCCAACACACUGCCCUAAAAACCACGUAUGUUAUACCUUUUAUUUUUUUCUUUAUUCCGUGGUUGCCGACACAUAUACAAAAACACAAGAUGUACUCGACACCUACCCCCAACCUAAGGCUGAUGGGAGUGGUGCCGACCAAAUCGAGCUCCACCUCAACUCCAACAAGAAAGAAAAGGGGGAAGAAGAGAGAGGGUGUGGAUUGCCGAGUGGGGGAAAAGAAAUGGGGAAGGAGGGAGGAAGAAGAAAAAGCCUCAGUUUCCCAUUAUCGAGUUUGACUCCAAGCUCGACACGUCAUGUUCACGACUCGGUAUUUGACGAGUCCACCUCACUAAUGCCGUGGUUAACCCGAGAAUUCAUCUUUGAAGGCAUAAAGUCGUAA